AGGCAGUAGGGCUCGCAGAAAAGUGUAGUUAAUCUUUCGAAAACGCAUACGCUGUAAAAAUGGAACCAAAGAUAACUCUUUACAAAAACAAGAAAUUUGGAGGACGAAGCAAAGAAUUUACAAAAUCAUGUCCAGAUUUGCUUGAUGCUGGCUUCGAUGAUAUGACGUCAAGUGUUAAAUGCGAAAGAGGGGUGUGGAUACUAUAUCAGCUUAAGAACUUUAAAGGACGUAUAUGUGUCAUAGAAGAAGGGGAAGUUUACGAAAAGUUCACAAAGUAUUUCCAAGAUCGAGCUUCAUCUUUAAAAUUGCUAGAUGACAACGACUUCACUGAAGAGCCAGAGUGUACAGUCUAUGCUGAUGUUUUUAACGGGAGGUCUUUGACAUUCACUGAUGAUAUUGAGAACCUCAAAUGGUACAAAUUUGAUAACAAAAUGUCAUCAAUUGAGGUGAAAAGUGGCGCAUGGGUUGGAUAUCAACAUCCAAACUAUGGUGGAGAUCAAAGUCUGUUUCUGAAGGGGAAGUAUGUAUCUUCUAAUAAACCAAAUGAGGAAGGCGGAUUUAAGAAUGACAGGAUUUCGUCAUUUAGCAAGAUAAUGUUGAAACCAGCCACUGGAGUUAAUAUGAAGUUGCUACAGAUUGACUAUGACUUAGACAGAGCAGAUAUUAUUAGGACUCCCACGUCUGUCUUCAGCUGGACUCAAGUCAAUAAUACAUCAGUAGAACAGACGGUGACAAAGACAGACGAAAUAACCAUAACAAGAGAAGAUACGUAUGAAUUUAGAUGGGACAGAGCAGCUAAAAUAUCAACAACAAUGAAAGGAAAUGUUGGAAUUCCAUUAGUUGGCGAAACAGAAGUCAGUAUUAGCGCUGAAAUGUCUGUUAGUAUGGGACGGACUACAGGAACAAAAAAGUCAAAAACUGACAAAUGGAUUGCAGAGUAUCCUUCAAAAAUUCCCCGGUAUUCCACAGUUACGGUAACAUCAAAAUUAACCCAAGGAAAUAUCAACAUUCCAUUCACUGCCGUACUGUAUUAUGGAGAUGACACAGAGCGCACAAUAACAGAAAAGGGAGUGUUUUAUGGAUGCCAGUACUUUGAUUUUCAUACUGAAUUCAACGAAUCAAAAGUGCCAACUUAAACAUUCCAUAUCUUUGUACUUUUACAAAGAGUGAUAAGAAAGGGGAUUGAGCUUCAUAACUGUAUACUUUUUGCAUAAGAUUAUGCGCAGAAAUAAGUAGAUUUUCUUUUUAAAUAUGUGAAAUACAACCUUUCCAAUGUAAUAUAUUUUUAUAUUCUUAAUUUUGGUAUUUUAUGUGUUUCUUUGCUUAUAUUUUAUUUUAUGUUU